AUGGCCUCCUUGCCUCAGAACCCGCCGACUAACGCGAACCAUGGACCAGCCCAUCCAGCACGACGCAACACACUCUUAGGGUCUUCCUCAAUUCACACCAAGAACCAUAUAGUCGCCGUGAUAAGCGAGUUUGUCGGCACUUUUCUCUUCCUAUUCUUCGCCUACGGCGGUACCAAUGUUGUCAACUCUGCCCCAGAAUCACCGCAACCGGAGGGAGCCGGUGCCACCGCCUCCAAGAUGCUCUACAUCUCGCUCAUAUUCGGAUUGUCCCUCGCCGUCAAUGUUUGGGCAUUCUUCCGAAUUGGUGGUGGUCUCUUCAACCCCGCCGUUGCUGUUGGCAUGUGGUUGACCGGAUCGAAUACCUUGUUACGGACGGGCUUGGUCAUUGUUGCUCAGGUCGUGGCUAGCAUUGCAGCUGCAGCCCUCGUUUCAGCUCUACUUCCUGGCGAUCUCAAGGUCGGCACAAGACUAAGCGACGGUAUGUCGGUUGUCAGAGGGUUGUUCCUCGAGAUGUUUCUCACUGCCGAACUGGUCUUUGUCAUCUUCAUGUUGGCAUCCGAGAAACAUCGUGCUACUUUUAUUGCCCCUGUCGGCAUCGGACUAGGGCUGUUCAUUAUUGAGAUGAUGGGUGUAUAUUACACUGGUGGCAGUGUCAAUCCGGCUCGAUCAUUUGGCCCUGACGUCGUCACCGGCUUCCCUGGCUACCACUGGAUAUACUGGCUCGGCCCUGUUCUGGGUGCUGCGAUUGCUUCCGGCUUCUAUAAGUUUAUCCAGGCUAUAGAUGGCGGGACUGUCAGCCCUGGAGUUGACGACUUCCCCAAUUCCGGGCCGUCUUCGGUUGCCGCUGCCAACAUAAUCAACCCCACCGCAGGGCCAGGCUCAAACGAAAAAUCAGCCGUUCCUCGGAGUGACAGGACGGACCAGUUCGCGGGUGAGAGGACAUCGAGCACAGCUGCAAACUACAAUCGCGGACCGAGCUUAGAAGCUGGUCGUGGUGUGGUUUGA